AGAUUAAUCCUAGGCGAUGAAAAAUGAACCUCUCCCCCACCCUUGCAGCCACCCUUCGCCUUACGCCCCCAGAGAAGAGUUUCUCCAUCCGGCAACUGGUGAAGGCUUUUUUCCAAGUCACAUGAUCCAGGAUGCAGGGGAAAAUCCUUCUUGGAACAGAGCUGGGUACAGAACCGAAUCAGAUGAGGAGAGAUAAGGUGUGAUGUGGGACAGACUAUAUAAAGCAUGGAGCCAAGGCUGCAACAAGCAGGCAGCUGUGGGGCUCCUUCCCCUGACCCAGCCAUGCAGGUGCAGCCCGGCUCGGUAGCCAGCCCCUGGAGAAGCACGAGGCCCUGGAGAAGCACAAGUCGCAGCUACUUCUACCUCAGCACCACCGCACUGGUGUGCCUUGUUGUGGCAGUGGCGAUCAUUCUGGUCCUGGUAGUCCAGAAAAAAGACUCCACUCCAAAAACAACUGAGAAGGUCCCCCUUAAAGGAGGAAAUUGCUCAGAGGAUCUCUUAUGUACCCUGAAAAGUACUCCAUCCAAGAAGUCAUGGGCCUACCUCCAAGUGUCAAAGCAUCUCAACAAUUCCAAACUGUCUUGGAACCAAGAUGGCACCAUCCACGGACUCAUAUACCAGGAUGGGAACCUGAUAGUCCAAUUCCCUGGCUUGUACUUCAUCGUCUGCCAACUGCAGUUCCUCGUGCAGUGCUCAAAUCAUUCUGUGGACCUGACAUUGCAGCUCCUCAUCAAUUCCAAGAUCAAAAGGCAGACGUUGGUAACAGUGUGUGAGUCUGGAGUUCAGAGCAAGAAUAUCUACCAGAAUCUCUCUCAGUUCUUGCUGCAUUACUUACAGGUCAACUCUACCAUAUCAGUCAGGGUGGAUAAUUUCCAGUAUGUGGAUACAAACACUUUCCCUCUUGAUAAUGUGCUAUCCGUCUUCUUAUAUAGUAGCUCAGACUGAGUAGUUGUUCUUAACCUUUAUGAAUAUGCUGUCUACCAUACAGUACUUCAUCUGUCCAAACAUGGGCAAAAGAAAAUAUUAGGACAACUCAAACUAAGCAUGUGAGUUAGUGCACUUCUCUUUCUGUCCUUUGGAAAAAUACAAACCCAGGAUUUAGAAAGUGAAGUCUCCUUCAGAUGCACAAACAGGAAAGAAUGUGAUAUGUGCACAGAGACCUACUUGGGCACUAGAAGGGGUUGAGUUGUCCCAGUAUAACCACUAAUUCACUGACCUUGAGCCAUUUUUCCUCCCCCUGGAACUCCGGGUCUGAAUCUGGAAAAGUAGGAGAUGGGAUUUACAUUUCCCCAAUAUUUUCUUCAACUCAGAAGAUGAGACCAUGGAGCUGAGUUCCCCACGCAGAUGAAGGCCUCCCAUGGCAUGAGGAAAAUGAUGGUACCAGUAAUGUCCGUCUGACUGUCAUCUCUGCAAGUCCUAAGGACUUCCAUGCUGCCUUGUUGAAAGAUACUCUAACCUCUUGUAAUGGGCAAGGUGAUCCUGUCUCCCAUUGAGGGGAGUAGCUGCUGCCAUCUCCUGAGACAUACAUGGAGACAUUUUCUGACCAAAUUCCAUUCUGUGUGCAGUUUUUAAGUAUUCCCCCCAAAGUUCUUGACAAUGAGAACUUUGAAUGUGGGAAGAACUUCUGGACAGCAAACAUUAACAGCUUCUUCUGACCAGAGGGACCAUGCCCUUCUCUUAGACCCAUCAAGCUUGAGGUUUCUACAUCGUGGGGGACUUUUGAUAAACCAUUUGAGUUGAUGUCUGGGCCCCUGGGAGUUCUCCUUCAGUAAGGAGAGCAAGCCAUUCUAGUGCUGUGAGAGGAUGGAGUAAAAUAGACGCUUUUCUGAAGGAAAGGAGAACAAAGUUCCAGAAAAAGGCUAGAAAAUGUUU